CUACAAGCCCCGGUGUGCAGCGGGGAGGGCGGUGCCGGUCCUUGCGCCGCCGCCGCCGAGCCCCGACGGGGGCCGGGACCGGGAGCGGGAGCGGGGCCGGAGCGGAGCGGAGCGGGCUCCUACCGCCCGGAGCAGCGACGUGCCCGCCCACAGCCUUGCUGCCCGUUGGCUGCCCUCUCUGCCUGAUGGAGCCAGCGCUGGCAGAAGACCUUCCUCGAGGUGGCCGGCCAAGCCCAGUGCGGGAGUGCUAGUGGGACAUCAUUGGUGGCAUCUGCCACCCUGGGAGGGACGAUGGCGCAGGGCACCGGGAGCAUCAACAGCGACUGCAAGGACUGGGAGUGGAGCGCUGACGCCGGGGAACGGGCCCGGCUGCUGCAGAGCCCCAGCGUGGAGACGGUGCCCAAGAGUGGAGAGAGCCAAGGCAACGGCCCGGGGGCCACCUCGGCUUUGGGAGCCGUCUUCAUCGUGGUCAACGCCGCCCUGGGCGCCGGGCUGCUCAACUUCCCCGCCGCCUUCAGCAUGGCCGGAGGGGUGGCCGCGGGCAUCGCCCUGCAGAUGUGCAUGUUGAUCUUCAUCAUUGGAGGCUUGGUCAUCCUGGCGUACUGCUCGCAGGCCAGCAACGAGAGGACCUACCAGGAGGUGGUGUGGGCCGUCUGUGGGAAGGUGCCGGGCGUGCUCUGCGAGGUGGCCAUCGCCGUCUACACCUUUGGCACCUGCAUCGCCUUCCUCAUCAUCAUCGGAGACCAGGAGGACAAGAUCAUCGCUGCUCUGGUGAAGGAGCCCGAGGAAGCUGGGAGCAGCUGCUGGUACACGGACCGCAAGUUCACCAUCAGCAUCACUGCCUUCCUCCUCAUCCUGCCCCUCUCCAUCCCCAAGGAGAUCGGCUUCCAAAAAUACGCCAGCUCCCUGAGCGUGAUCGGCACCUGGUAUGUCACGGCAGUCAUCAUCAUCAAGUACAUCUGGCCCGACAAGGAGCUCGUGCCCGUGGAGAUCCCCACCAGCCCCUCCACCUGGACCGCUGUCUUCAAUGCCAUGCCCACCAUCUGCUUUGGCUUCCAGUGCCACGUGAGCAGCGUCCCCGUCUUUAACAGCAUGAAGCAGCCAGAGGUGAAGACCUGGGGGGCGGUGGUGACGGCGGCCAUGGUGAUCGCUCUCUUCGUCUACACGGGCACCGGCGUCUGUGGUUUCCUGACCUUUGGAGCUGGCGUGGAGCAGGAUGUCUUGCUGUCCUACCCCUCCAACGACAUCCCUGUUGCUCUGGCCCGGGCCUUCAUCAUACUCUGCGUGCUGACGUCCUACCCUAUCCUGCACUUCUGUGGCCGGGCUGUCUUGGAGGGUCUCUGGCUCCGCUACACCGGGGUGACGGUGGAGGAGGACGUGGUUCGGGAGCGGAGGCGGCGCCUGCUUCAGACCAUCAGCUGGUUCCUCCUGACCCUCCUCCUGGCUCUCUUCAUCCCCGACAUCGGCAAAGUCAUCUCUGUCAUCGGGGGCUUGGCUGCCUGCUUCAUCUUCGUCUUCCCAGGGCUCUGCCUGAUCCAAGCCAAGCUCUCUGAGAUCCAAGAAACCAGGGCAAUCAGCUGGUGGGCCCAGGUCAGCUACGGGGUGUUCAUGGUCACCCUUGGAGCUUUCAUCUUUGGACAGACCACUGCCAACGCCAUCUUCGUGGAUCUCACGGCCUGACUCCUCCUCCAGGCCAGACCGUGCUGCUGCUGCAGAAUUCCCCUAGGACCAAAGGGAAGUGGGGAGAAAAAUGCGGGUGGUGUGUUAGGAAGAUCUGGGGCUUGGCUGAAAGAGCCCUGCGGUGGUUUGUAUCUCGUCGUCUUAACGCGACCAGGCAGUCAGGCUUGUCCUCUCAGCCCUGACUCCCUGGUGAAGCCAGAGCAUCACUACAAGGGGAACUGUAGUCCAGGUCCUGCCCGUUCUGCCCCUCGGGGCUGGACAUCACCACCCGAGACAUCACUACGGGGUGGCGGUUGGGGUUUUGCCAAGGCACGCUGCUCCCACCCGCGUUCCCCUGGGCCGGUGGAGCUCCUCUCCACACCUUAAAGCUCCUUCUUCUCCCAAGAUCGGAGGGAAACGACGUGUCUUGCAUAAAGGGAAUUAUUAGUGGUGUUUAUCAGACAGGACAACGUUCCCCAUAGUCCUCUUCUGUGUCAGUGUUUGGUUUGAACUCUGCUUUCCCACGGCUCCUCUGGCCGGUCUCCUCCUCUUACAUCUCCCUCCGCCUGAGCUGCACUUUCUGUUACCAAGUGGGACCAUUGCCUUCAGCCCCAUUUCUUUUUGGAGGAUCGGGACGAGCCCAGGGUAGGGACACACCGGUGGGUUUUUCCCUCCCGGGGGUUACUCACUCGCUGGAGUGGCCAUAUCAACCUUCUGGAGACACUAGACUAGAGCUCUCCUCCAAAGUUCCAAUCCUGUUCUUCCAGGAGGUGUCCAGGGAAUGGGACUGGGCCAGGUGCAGGUUUUGAGGAAUGCUUUGGGGACAAAGCAGUCAGUAUUAAUCUAUUUUAUACCACUCCCUUGGCCGUUUACACACUCUGUGGCUGAUGUUGCCCUGGGCUGUCCCUGUGUUGCCUGGACAGUAUUUUCACUUCUGCUCUCGCUGGGUUGAGCGGUUCCUCCAGCUGCAAAGUUGGCUGGAGGAGUUAAACCUCAACGACAAACUGCUCCUGUUUGGUCUUUUGAGUUCCCUGGUUCCUUGUUUGGCUUCUAAAACCCUGGGGGAGACAGGAAUUGAUGUGUGUCUGUGAUGAGGGUCCGGCCCAGCUUUGUGCACCACCUGGCUUGGCCACUCCUGCACCUUCAGGAAGCAGCCCAGGGUGUCCUGGUGGGAAGGUGAACCAUGGCCUGCUUCUGUCCUUCUCACCACAGCUGUGACCAGUCCCUCUGUGACCAGUGGUGGGGGGUGGGAGGACAGCACAUGUAAUGUUUGAUCUCUCCCUGCCGGCUUGCUGCCUGUAAAUGUGGACCUCUCCUCUGCCCCGCGGGACGAGAUGGGGAGACCCCCAUGGAGCAGGAGGAAGAAAAGCCCCAGGAACACCGUGACUGCUGUGUGGGACCCUGUGAAAGCACGUGUCCCUCCUGCCUCCCCAAAGGUACCUCCAAAUCGCUGUGCCCUCCAUUUUUGACA